GUAGUAAACCGUGACUGGUGAAAGGACUGAACAGAGCUUUGCAUUCUGGAACCGUUUAGAUGAUGGAAAAACCAAACACCUACAUUCAGCCUCAACAUGCACCAGUUUAUCCUGAGGUACCUUGUGAAUCAUCACAGGUGUGUCACUGCUAACGUUUGCGACCCCUGAAUAAUUUCUACAGUGUCCAUUUGAUGAUCCACAUUCAGAGGGAAGCUAACUGGAAGAACGUCAUGAGGCCUACUGGUCUAAGUCCAGCGGUUGCACAGCUGGACCAGUGUGGCCUUGUUAACAAUGAUGAAAAAUACCUGUCUUCUUUAAACCAAGCUGUUCACAUGGAAGCUCUGAAGAUGUGUAGCUUGUCUGAGUUGCCUGUGUCGAUAACAACAGAUGAUUUCGAUUUGGUCUGUUCCACAGAAAGAACCAUUGUGUCAUAUAUCAGCAGCGUAAAGAAUGGCGCGUCGGUUGUAGAUAACCUAUCGCACGUUAGCGACACAUUAUCCCCUUCCUUAUUCUGCUCUUCCCUGUCCACAUCAUCUUUCAGUGGCUUCUCUCCAUCCUUCUCCUCCCCUUCCUCCAGCCAGUCAUCUGGCUCAAUAUCAGAGCUGUGUUUGACUUCUCCAUCUCUUUCAACUCUCUGCGGUCCACCUGAGGCCCAGGGCCUUCUCUACAGUUGCACACCUCCAGAAGGAUGUUUGUAUCCCAAGUCUCCUAAACAAGAACCUGUUGCUGAAUUCCAUCUUUGUAACAAGAAGCUUCUGCACAAGGAAGAACUCUUUCAGUAUCUCUGCACUGACACAGGCGCAGCCAAAGAACAAACCCAGCAUCUUAACCUUCACAAUACUCGGACAGAAGUAUCAGAAAAGCUUCCUACACUGCAGCAGUUGAAGAAUGAUCUGGGACUGAGCGGGUUUCCUGGAGCUGAGGGAAUGAAUGAACACCUGAGUGAAGAACAGCCGUGCAAAUGGAUGGAUUGUAGGGCUACCUAUAGGCUGAAAGAAGAACUGGUGAGACAUAUAGAGAAGGUUCACAUAGAUCAGCGAAAAGGCGAGGAAUUUACCUGCUUCUGGGCAGGAUGUGUCCGUCGGCACAAGCCCUUCAAUGCUCGAUACAAACUGCUCGUUCAUAUGAGAGUCCAUUCUGGUGAAAAGCCCAACAAAUGCAUGUUUGAAGGCUGCAAUAAGGCAUUUUCCCGUCUGGAGAACCUGAAGAUCCACCUACGUAGCCACACCGGAGAGAAACCCUACAUUUGCCAGCAUCCCGGCUGUCUCAAGGCCUUCAGCAACUCCAGUGAUCGAGCCAAACACCAGCGCACACACCUGGACACGAAACCGUAUGCAUGUCAGCUCCCAGGGUGCACCAAACGUUACACCGACCCCAGCUCAUUGCGCAAGCACGUCAAGGUCCACUCCAGUAAAGCCCUGCAGGCACAGGACAAGGUCCAGCUACACAAUAAGGUGGAGCAGGAAGUUGUGGAUGUGUGCCUUGACUUGCAGUAUCUCCAUGGCUCCGCUCCUUCAAUACAGAGUCCAGACCAUAGGCGUCCUGCCUCCCUCAGUGAGAUUCAUCAGGAGGGUUUUACUGCAUACCCUGAGGAAGAUGAAUCCUGUAGCAGAGCCUUAUCUCUGGAGCAUCCCAGCAGACACUGCAGCAUGGAGCACAGCAGCAUCAGCCUCCACAACCAUCUGCACAACAACAAGCUCAAUCAGCCAAGAAUUUCUCCACUGGUUUGUGGAAUCAACCUGGUCAGUGGUACCAAUGAGGUCCAGUCUGUCUCUGACAAGCACAGCUCCUUCCCAAACCCACAUCAAAAACUCAACCAGAUGUUUCAUGAAGUAGCAAUAAAUCACCACGUUUUUCAGGCCACUUUUAAUCGAGUUGAGCAGAUUUCCAGCAAUGGAAGAGAUGAUCUGCAUAAUUUUGACCAAAAUGGAUUUCCUUUUACGUGUAUGAACUCCUCUGGUAAGUGUCAGCUUAUGUCAGUCAGCUCUUUGCGUCUAUCUCUGGUUCAAUUCUGCAAUCUUUCUCUUUGUUGGCAGGCUACAGCCUAUCCCAGGACAUACAGUCUGGGGGGAGUGGGAAUUGCCCCCAUCCCUGUCCCGUUCCAGUUGGGAUCUAUGAGCGCUGCCUCAAUCAGAUCUGCUCUCUGUAGACUUGAGACACACCUUUGGUCCACUGCACCUGAGAGCAGCAGCGCAGGAACGACAUGAAAGCAUGGGCCUUUGAGGAAGUGCAGCUCUGAAUGAAGACUCUUUAAAGAAAGCUGUGCGAGGCAAUGUCCUCUGAGAGAUUCCUCGAGCAGUGCAUCAAAAAUCAGAGAAACUCCUCAGAUCGGGCACUGAUGAUGAUGAUGUUGUUACAGCCUUAUGUUUUGGUGUUAAAUAGACACUGUAAUUUUCUCUUUGAGUGUGCACCGAGAAUGUUGAGGAGAGAUGCUAUUUACAUUGAGUUGGUAACAUGACAUUUCUUUGUUUUGUAUU